AUGGAGCCUUCGAGCGAUAACACGCCGAUCGCUCAAAGACCAGAAACUCCACCUCGCCCACCCAUAUCUCCAGUCACGCCAGUCAUGACACAUACAAGUCUAUUUCCCGUUGCAGACUCAGAAGGGAUGAUUCCACCGCCAGUAGUACAACCUCCGGAGGUUGAAUCAUCUAUUGCUACUCCAGAUCUUGGCUUGGCACCUCAUCCUAGAGACAGUACCAGCUCAAUGGCUCCGUCUUCUCUCCCCCAGAUAUCACCGCCACGCGUCUUGCCCCCUGAACCGGCACCGGUUCCGAUAUCUGAAUCUGAUAAUCCUGAUGCGAUCGCUCUCCGCUCCGCCAUAUCUGUGCUCCAGAUCCAAAAGCAACAGACUCUUCGUGAUAUCAGGACUUUGGAAAAACUGAAACAAGCUGCAGCAGAAAAUCCCGAGGCAUUUGCUAAAGAUGUUGUCAAGGGAGAUAUUACAGUCUCAGGCGGCGAAAUGGAUAUUUUUCAACCGCAGUUUCAAGAUCAAGAUGGCGAUAAGCAGAGUACUGGUGUGAGUGUUGACGGAGAUCAACAAAAACAAAGUGAACACGCAAAGCCCGCAUUCAGCAAAAUUCCUAAACCACAGGAUAUAGUGAGGAUGCCACCGAUAAACUGGGCAAAGUACCAUAUUGUUGGCGAGCCCUUGGACAAAUUACACGAGGAACAGAGGCAACGACCUUCACCUGGAGAGCCACGAAAGGAUGUCCCUAUACACAUCCAAAAAGCUCCAGAACAUGUGAUAGCUGCUCCCUAUAGGCCAUUUACGGACAAACUAGAUACCCCAAUGAAAACACGGAGCUCAAGCAAACGGAAAAAUGAACAAGGUUAA